UUGGCCGAAUUUAAAAAAUGACACCUUUUUAGCUUCUUGUCUUCUACUCUUACUCUAUGAGUGGCCUUUCUUCAAACAACGUGUAUCUUAUUCUUUUAUCGCCCUUUUUCAUUUGAAUUUCAAAUUUAAAUUCUCUGAGAGAGAGAUUACAUGCCAUAAAAAAACAAUUUAAAUAACGGUAGAAUAAUAAAUCUCUAGAUUUUUCAGGUUCCAUUCUUGUUCUCCUGUUUUUUUGUUGCAGACUGAUAUGAUGGCAGAUUCAGCUUGUCUUAUGCAUGCUUUCUCUUAUGCUUCUCCUAUACCCAAUGAAGCAAAACAGGGGAACCCUGUGCAUGCACUUGGGGAAUCAAGUUCCUUUUGGGAGAUUUAUGUCAGAAUCAUUGGAUUGGGAUAAAUGGUCAACUUUUUCUCACAAAAAAUAUGUAGAGGAAGCUGAGAGGUAUGCUAAACCAGGUUCUGUUGCACAGAAAAAAGCUUUCUUUGAAGCUCAUUACAAGAAAAUUGCUGCUCAAAAGGCUGCAGCUUUGCUUGAAAAAGCCAAUGAAGAAAACCCUAAUUCUGAAAUCACCCAAAAUUCAGCCCCUGAUUUAGUAACAGAUUCCAAAGUUAGUGCUUCAUUAUUAGUUGGUGAAGGAAUUGCUGAUGUGGAGGAGAGAGAAAAUGAUGCCCCAGUGGAGGGACCUGGUACUCCUGAAGCUAUGGAGACAGAACCAUCAAACCAGAUUGAGAAUGGGGAGAAUCAAGAAACAGUUUCAGGGUCUGAGAUUAGUGAAACAUCUCAUACUGAGAAGCCUUUGCUGAAAACUAAGCAGAGCUCCAGCUCUAAACGAGAUGACGAUGAUGCUGCAUUAGUGACUAGCAAGAAAAAGUCUGCUUUUUCUUCAUUCAAAUCAUCUGUUUAUUCUAGAAAAUUUAAAGUCCCACCUUCACCUGCUAGGCAUGACAUUCCUCUUGAUGUCGAUAAAGAAAACAAUUUCACUCCAAUCACAAGAAAUUCCGCUUUAGACCUAAAGAAUGAAAUGAGAUCAACCCCAAAAUCCUUAAGUAAACUGAUCAAUCUUACUGCUGCGAAAGAGUCUAAUAAAAUACCUCCUCCACCUCCCCCUUUCAAGAAGGAUAGUUCAAUGGUCACUCCUACUGCUGGCGCGGCAACUAAGAAGUGCGCAACUCCUCUCAAGACUCCCAUGGCAGCAUCAAAUGGUGCAUCAAGUCGCCCAAUGACAACGCCAUCUUCAGAAAGUAGAAGGAUCAAAACACCAAUUCAUCCCUCAGCUUCAGGAAGUAAAACAACGGGGCCUAAGUGGAACAUUUUAUCUUCUGUUUCCAAGUCUUUCACGGCCUACCGAAACAAAUUACAAUCACCAACUUCAUCUACUCCUUUCCACUUGAGGACAGAAGAAAGAGCUGCACAAAGAAAACAGAAGCUUGAAGAGAAAUUCAAUGCCAAGGAGGUAAAGAAAGUCCAACCACAAACGACAUUAAAGGAGAAAGCAGAAUCGGAGUUCAGGAAACUUCGGCAAAGCUUUUGCUUCAAAGCUCGCCCCCUGCCUGAGUUCUACAAGGAAAGAGAAACAGCAAUAGAUCCCAGAAAAAAGACUCCAGUUGCACAAUUGCCCAAGCUUCGAAGAAUGCCCUAUCCAAGCUCAAAGCAAGGCUUAGUCUCGAAGCCUGCUUCUGCAUCUUUGACCAAGAAUGACUCUUGCAUGAAUCCAAGAAAGAAGACUUGUUGAAAACCUAUAAAAUUUUCGUUCCUUGCAAAGAGUAGUAUUUUUUUUAGAAAUGCCUGGUCCUCCUCAAACUCUAAAAUCUUGUAUAAAAGCCAUCUAGAGGCAGGAGAUGCAUGUGUUAUGGUUUAGAAAGAGUUGUAACCCUGUGUCCUUGUAUUUAGCCUUUGAGAUCGUUAAAUUUUCAUUUCACAACGAUUGCAUUGUGAAAUACAAGACCAGCUCAAUUUAGUUAGUAUAACAUUUUUAGCCAAAUUAUAAAUCUAAGGCUUGUGUUUGCC